AUGGAUGCAACCACACAGGUUCAUCCGGCUGGCUCUUCCAACACUCCCGUCACCCUGGAGUUCCCCUCCUCGGCCGUCUAUGGGGACCUUCUUUCGAAUCUACAAGACCUCGUACUCCCUGCUAACCCACCAUCUUCCGUCCAUUCGACCGCUACUCGCACGAAUUCACCUGCAUUGUCCGCAUUGCAACACCAUUUGACGUCGAUUCGGGUGACAGAUCAAUGUUUUCAACUUAUCACGACGAACUGGCCGCGACAAACUCUGCCACGCUGUACCACUUUGAACCUUGAAGAUGCUCAUGAUUUGAACGCUUGCCUCACCCAAUCCCUUGUCAGUCUUGGGCUGUCGGAUGGGAGCGGCGUGAGUGUGCGUCACGCUAACUGUCCAUUCGAGGAGGCCGUUGUCGCCGAACAAACUCACACGGUGUCCCAUCCAUCUACUGAAAAUCCGGCUGCCGACCUCCUACCUAAUGAUCCCAGUCGAGACGCUGACUCGGAGCCUGAUACACCUCCACCGGGCAACGAAUUCUCUUUGGCAUUCCCACCUGGUGGACAACAACUGGUCCCACAGCCUCCUGGAGGGUAUAUGCCACGCAGCGGACGAACACUGAUGGAAAAUCUUCGUCACCGGGCUGCAGUACUCGAUGCGGAAUUUCAUCAGCGUGCCAUGUCCAAUCCAUGUGGGGAAGAGGACGUGUCAGUCUCAGAAUCUCAUUGGGGCUCUCCGCAGCGGUUAGAAGACCUAACCUUUCGUCGUCUACUUGAACUCCUUGUGUACUACUUACAACGGCUUACUCGUGGGAGCCAGGGAUUGGAUGAUCCCGGUUCGGAUCAACAUAAAAUUGACGAAGGAAGUUUGCUCUACUAUGCAAUCAACUCAAUGAGUGGACCAUGGCCGGAACGGUUGGGUCAGAAACUGGUUGGCGAGCUGCGUGAACAAUCCCUCUUCAAUAUCAGAACGGCCUCCCUUCUCAGGAAUUGUGUUACAAGCCUCAACUUGAACUACUACCCUCUUGUGACUACCGAGUUGAUCACCUGUCUCGUGUCGAAAUGGCCACAUCUGACGGAAUUGCAAUUGAACGGUCUACAGACGGGCCAGAUUCAACCGGAAAUUGUGGACCAACUUGGAGCGCUACGGAACCUCCGCCUCCUCAGUUUGAACGGAUUGAGCAGCGUUUGUGACCGAAACCUGGGGACUCUUAUCAAUCUGCCGGAACUACGCAUACUUCGCGUUGCCGGGACAAAUGUAACGGACGCCGGCUGGAUCCAUAUGGCGGCGUCUCCUGUUACUAGUAGUCGACCGCUCGCUGAACUGGAUGCCUCCGGAUUGCGCAACAAUUUAACCAGUCGAGGUUUGGAAGCCAUCGUACAGCUGUUUCCCAACUUGCAUCGUCUUACGAUAGCGGCUAGCGAGAUCACCACCGAUCUACCGGAUGCGCCGACGUGGUCUGCAGAUCCUUUGACCCUUCUCACCAACUUGGACGUGUCUGAAUGUACACGGCUAGUUGCCCUGCCGAUGGUAUUAUUGCCCCCACCGGCACCAAGCAGAACAAAGGGAUUGCGGAUUUUGAAAUUACAUCAAUGCUUGUCACUGGAUUUGUCACGCGUACUUGAUCAACUCAGAGGCAAGUCAAAACCUACCUACCAUGGGUCCUUUCUAUCCUCAGUUGGUCAUCCUUUGCAACAUUUGGAUGGACUGGAAAGUAUCCCCUCCCUGAAUGCUUCUUUGCUGGAACGCUAUUGUGGUUCCGGCUUUCCGUUAACCGAACUUCAUCUGAGACGAAUAAACUUCUCCUGGAUGGUUCAAUCUACGACUCUACUGGCGCGUCUUCUCGCGAAUACACCCACGCACACCUUGUUGUACCUUAGCUUCCCGCUGCGCAAAACGAAUCCAUCCCCUGACAGUGGCGAGUGCUCCACGACUUCGAUACUUUCCCAACUGGGCCGCUUCCAUCGUCUCCAGACGCUUGAUUUAGGCGGUCAAAUAAGCGAGGAAUCUGAAGUGAGAAUGCUCGAACAGAUAGUUCCUCAACUGCCUGACCUCCACUACUUGGCUGUAUCCAACUUACCGGCUAUCGAACCGGUGAAUUAUCUGGACUUUGGUGACAGUGGUACCAGUUUCCGGCCCCAAAAUACCUACUAUUCCUCAUUUGCUCGCAUCACUUUGGAACUAGCAUAUCGAUUACUCAACUCUCCGCGAGUAAUAACCGUAUGUACUUCAGCUGGGUGCAAAACUGAGAGUGGUGGCGGUAGUGGAAAGAAACCAGGCUCAAGCGCGAUUGCAUCACAUUUGGCCGAAACUGGUCAUGUCAUGGACAAGGAACAAGCUUUCACCAUCAUAUGCCGGGUACCUCUGAACGGACCACGACUGGUAAGAUCCAGACUACUAUCGAUCGCAGAGGCGAUUGGAAUCCGACUGCUGGAUCCGCAACUUUGCAUCCAAAAGAAACUUGUGCGACCUCUGAACUUGAACUGGCCUACGAAACAUCCGGUCCCACAGGGUAGCGAAGCAUUGAAGGCGGUAGAUUUGAUGCACGAGCACCACCGACUGCGCGAUGGGGCCAUUUCUGCCAGUGUCGCUACCGUUGAUCUCCCCGGUUUGAAGCCCACUGACAAUCCUAUAUAUACGCAUCAAUUAUAUCAGCUACCGUCUGCAAUGCGCAGCUACCUGCAGGAUCUCCUCAAAUCACCGAUGAACGAAACUGCGGCAACUGUACCACAA